UUUAUUAACUGCAAGAGGGUCGGAGCAAUUUUGCCCCUACAAUGGAUGUUAUCUGAGCUCCGAACCAAAUGCAAUCUUGUUCUUGAAUCGAAUUUCUUCAUCUCUUCUUCCUUCGUCCACUCCAAUUCCUCUCGCUCUGCUCUCCUCUCCUCCGAUGGAGCAUUCAGUGUUUCACUCCGCUUCUCUUCGAACUCCGGCUGUCAAUUCCACUUUCAGGGCUUCUCUGCCUCACAGAAAGCUACUAAUUAAGCCCGCAGCAACCGUUCCUUCCACUCUGAUCCCGAAUUUUGCAGUGCAUCUGCAGCCGAGAUGGCCGUGCGGCUGCCGGAGAAGUGUUUCGACUAAAUCGGGGCGGCGAACUUCCAUCCAGGCCUGCACUCAAGUUGGAGCUGCAGGACCUGAUCCCCUACCCCUAGUGAACAAUAUUUCAGCAUUUAGAGAUGCUUGCUGGAGGUUUUUGAGGCCCCAUACAAUACGUGGAACAGCUUUAGGAUCUGUUUCACUGGUGACUAGAGCAUUGAUUGAGAAUUCACAUCUCAUAAAGUGGUCCUUGCUGCUUAAAGCUUUAUCUGGUCUUUUUGCCCUAAUAUGCGGAAAUGGUUAUAUUGUCGGUAUCAAUCAGAUCUAUGAUAUUGGAAUUGACAAAGUUAACAAACCAUAUUUACCAAUAGCUGCAGGAGAUCUUUCAGUCAAAUCUGCCUGGUUCUUGGUGAUAUUUUUUGCAGUGGCUGGUCUGUUAAUUGUUGGGUUGAACUUUGGGCCAUUUAUCACUUCUCUCUACAGUCUUGGUCUUUUUCUUGGGACUAUCUACUCCGUUCCUCCAUUUAGAAUGAAGAGAUUUCCUGUUGCAGCAUUUCUUAUAAUUGCCACAGUACGAGGUUUUCUUCUUAAUUUUGGUGUCUAUUAUGCCACUAGAGCUGCUCUUGGACUUACAUUUGAGUGGAGCUCACCUGUGGCUUUCAUCACUACAUUUGUAACCCUGUUUGCUUUGGUGAUUGCCAUAACAAAAGAUCUUCCAGAUGUGGAGGGGGAUCGCAAGUUUCAGAUAUCAACCUUAGCAACAAAACUUGGAGUUAGAAAUAUUUCAUUUCUUGGUUCUGGACUUCUGCUGUUAAAUUAUGUUGCUGCUAUUGUGGCUGCAAUUUACAAUCCUCAGGCCUUUAACCGGAACAUAAUGAUCCCUGUUCAUGCAAUCUUGGCAUCGUCUCUCAUUUUCCAGUCGUGGCUGUUGGAGAGAGCAAAUUAUAAUAAGGAAGCAAUCUCGACAUUUUAUCGAUUUAUAUGGAAUCUCUUCUAUGCUGAGUAUAUCAUAUUUCCUUUAAUCUAGCAGAACAGUCUCAACACUUUAUUCAUUUAUGAUCUUUUUGUUCGUGCAUGAGAUAUAGGGAGAAAAAUAAAUUCGAUUUGCUAUCUUGUAAAUAAUUGCUAUAAAUUUUUAUAGAUUCAUGUUGUAUUAUUAUGUAAUAUGAAGUUCAGUUGUAUCAAUUUCAUUUGAAUUCCCCCUAUUUUUGUUCUUUUGGGCCAUUAUAACAUUCAGAUCACAAUGGUAGUUGGUUGUAAUUUUAGCAUUAUUCUGUAAUCUUUAUUGCAACAUAACUUACCCUGUGUGAUCAAGCAAGGGAAGACGAAACAAGUCAAUAACUUGAAUGGAAAGUUUCAUUAUGCCUUGGAUA